GAACCUAGUUCAAUCGCUGGCGUUCUGGAGCAAUCAGAACCCGGAAAAUCGACACACGGAAGGAAGCUCGCUCUGAUUCUUCAUGGCUCUGCCGGCCACAAAAACUACCUUUUCUUGAGGAGGCUUGCUACCACUCUACCCGUGGACACUUUUCGCUUCGACUUUCGAGGGCACUUCGAAUCACCUGGUAUUUGGCGGCAAACCUCAUUAGAACAGGAUGUCUUGGAUCUCCAUGUCGUCACAGAAUACCUCACAACCUAUUUUGGGUACCAUAUCGAUUUGAUUGUCGCCCACUCUCGUGGUACGAUAGUCGCCGUCCGCUGGCUAUGCACAACUGAGGAAGGGAAAAGUGUUUCGGGAUUUGUAAAUGUGUCCGGUCGAUAUCGCAUCCGAGUGAAUGACGAUGAAACCAAGGAAUGGAAUGAAAGCUUCGCUGCUCAAGGAUACCAUCUCUUGAACCUCAAAGCCUUCAAGAUCAAAGUUUACCCCGAAGACAUAGACACGUUCGCUAAUUUCGAUGGGUCGCUGGUGGGAUCCAGGUUCGCUCAAAGAACUGAUGUUCUAACGAUACACGGGGUGCUGGACAGGACAGUGCCAGUGUAUGUUGCGUCUCCGCUGAGAAACAGUUUGCUCAUCUUUAUUGGGUACGACGCCGUGCUAUACGUAAAGACCCUCAGCAAGCGCUACCCUGGGAUGCACUCCUUACACCUCAUGGAGAAUACGGAUCACAACUGUACCGGACGGUACGAUGAAGUGGUACGGACCAUUUUUGAUUGGUGGGAUAGCCAAUUGAAGGGGAAGCUCCAGUCAGGUGUCUGGAAAGGGACGGAAGAUGUGAAGGGCAAACUGUAA